CCUUUCUUUACCCUGUACAAAACUACACCAUGGAGGCUCCAGUCUCAACAAUGUGGCCCAUUUUACAAAGAGGAAGCUGUUUCCAAACUGCAAUCAAAAAUUCCAUCACAGAGGUUAAAUCCUAUUUAUGAUGAGGCUCUACAAGAGUUAGGAGCAGCUGGGGGUCAAUCUGAGCACAUCCCUAUUAAUACAUAUAUUGGAGAGAGCAUUACAUAUACUGAAUUACCCAGAGACUGCAGACAGAAGCAAAAAGAAAUAAUAAUAAUAACAGAUUUUGAAGAGACAUUGUUGGAAUCUGAGCAUAGUGAGGCAGAUUUCAGUGAGCUAUCGGUGGAGCUGACACAAGCACCUGAGGAUUAUGUUUCCCAUUAUGCGUCUCCCACAUCACUUCCAUUCUUUCAGAAAUCUGACAAAAUCACACUAGCACAAGCUUCAUCAAUAACAGAAAAUCCACAUUGUGAGAUGGAAAUACCAAUCCCAAAAGCUGAGGCAAAAUCUGUGUGUGAACUGCCAAGUAACCAAAGGCCAAGUGAUGAGUACAUGAAACACCAUGUUGAGGAGAUUUCUGAUAAAUUCUACAGAGCCCUGUUUGGUGAAGAUCAUGUGAUGGCAAAGACUCUUGGAAAAGAUAUUACCAAAGUUACAGAGAGUUUUGAAUCAUCUGAACAUCAGGGCAUCUCUGUGAACAAAGUGGAUGCAGCAGAGGCCUUAAAUGUUGAUCAAGUUGUUUCUGUAUCCUCAGAAACAACCAACACAAAUAUUUCCACCAAGGAGCUGCAAAACAUUAAGACAGUUUGUAGUUCACUCCCAAAACAGCUGUUGCCUUGGCAUGAGGGUGAAAUUGCAGCAAGUAAUAUUGACUCUAUACUUAUUAAGAUGUCACCUGACUCAGCAACCGGGCAGACAAAUUCUUUAUCAAGUCCUAUCAUGGAUGAGUCAGAAUCUCUAAAGUUCAGUACUGAAUUUGAAGUACACAUACCCAAGUCAAAGCUUAGAGCAACAAAUUCCCAGGACGAAACAAAAUAUUCUAGUGUCCUCUCUAAAUCAUUUUCAGACUACAGACCUUUCAUGCAAGAUUAUUUGAUGUAUCCAUCUGAUUGUAGAUCAUCACCAGUUUCUGUAUCUGAAUAUGAAGUUGACUUGGAAAUAUCUUUGCAUGAAUAUAGUUCCUUAUCGCCUGAAUCUACAGUUUUACUACCACCAGACUCACCAAUUCCAUUUGACUAUAGAUCAGGCUCACUAGACUCAUGUAUGCUGAUAGAUGAUUUGAGAGCAUGUUCACCUGAAUCUGUGACAUCAGGUACUGAACAGAAACUACUCUCUCCUGAUUCUCCCAUACCUGAUUUUAGACCACAUUCACCUAUACUACCAGUUUGUGAAUACGCAGCACCAGAAUUUACUAUGCUUGUGGACAUACAUAGGAUUUCUGAUGACUCGGAUCAGUUGUUCUCUUUUGACAUGCAUGAGUCAAACACUCAAUUCUGUCCUCAAAGAGCUUUUUUAAUGGUUGCUGAUGAAAUAGAUAGACCAAUUUCACCAGGAUCAUGGACUGAAUGUGGAUCACUUACACCUGAAUCGAAUGAAUCUUUUUCUGUUGGCUCCUUUACCACUGAAAGGUUAGAUAGAGAAUUAUCCACUGAGACUCCCCUGGACUCUGAGCAUGGCCCUUGGACUUCUGAUAUCUUUUUGGAUAGAUCAUCUGGCCCUGGAUCAGCAAUAUCAUUAAAUGAGUAUAGAUCACUUACUUGUGAUUCACCAAUACUGAGUUUUACACCAGAAGUAUCUGAGUAUUUUACACAAGUGAAGGGAUCUAUAUCAUCAUCACCUCAAUCUGAGAUGUCAGAUUUAGGGUAUGAAUUGUCAUCAGAAUGGUUGUUUGACGGUCAGCCAUCAUCUCCUGAAUCAGCAGCAUCUGUCAAUGAACGGAAAUGCCUUUCCCCUGAUUCACCUCUACCUAGCUUUGUUCAAAAUGUAUAUGAAUUCAUGCCUAUAAAAGAAUGUAGAUCUGUAUCACCAAAAUCUGAUCUUUCAGACCAAGAAUGUAAGCUUAUUUCAGAGGAAUGUCGACCUUUGUCACCUGAUUCAUUUUCAUGUGUAAAUGAACACAUACCUCUUUCACCUGAUUCCACAAUACCAAGCUUUUCAGUACCAGUUUGUGAAUUGUAUGCAUCAUUAGGCUAUCAAUCUGAAUCACUUGCUUCAGAUCUUUCAGACAGAGAGCACAAAUUGAUCUCAGCCACGGGAAUAUUGUUUGAGAAUCGGUCAUCUUCACCAGAUUCAGUAUCAUCACUAAAUGUCCUUGGACCACUUUCCCCAGAUUUAAUACUACCUGAAUAUAAAAAGAAAGGGACUGAUUGUGAUUUCUCACUGCAUAUCCAUGAAAUAGCUUCAUUUCAGACAGAAUUAUCAAAUGUUCUUACGUCUUACGAAGCUGAACCUAAGUCAUUACAAAGCCAUUGUUUCAGGCAGCAAUCCCCUGAGUUUUUGGAAACUGAUAACUGCUUAAAUAAAUAUGCUUUAGAGGGCCUGUUACUUCCUGAUUCUACCAAACAUUUAAGCAAACAAACUUCACAAAUGGAAUCGAAAAAUGCAACACAAGAAAAAGGAAAUGCCCAGCUACAUGAAGAGGUUGAAACUACUCUGACACACAGGCUUAGCAGUCCCAAAGUUGGGAAAUCAAGUAUGCUAUUAAAAGGGGCGGAUGCUCAACCCUUAACCACAGAUCUAUGUGACUCUGUGUCCAAUGAUGAACCGAAAAUAAUUGGGUUGCCAGAAGCUAGGUGUAGCGUAACAGGGCAAAUCCAAAAUCCAUUUAAUAUUGAAACAAUCUUGACCAAGGAAAGUGAAGUUGCAGCCACUAAGAGAAAAGUUCAGAAUCUUAUGAGUAAAGUGCAUGAUCCCCAGUACAAAGGUAAAACAUUCUGCCCUAACACUACUGUUUUUGAAUACAGUGUGACAGUAGAAGAGAAUAGACCAUUAUCACCUGUUUCAACUAUAUGUCAGUUCAGACCAUUUUUUACUGAGAGUGGUUUACCAGUUUCUGUAUACAGAUCAUGUUCACCUGAAUCAAUAUGUUCCAAGUCAAUAGAAAAUGAAUCAUUUGCUGGAGACCUGUUUGAUGUCAAGCAAAGGUCUGAGUCACUUGACUCAUUUCAAUCAAAAGCUGAUGCUAGACCCCUUAACCCUGACUCCAUCCCAGAGUACAGGCCUAUGUCAACUGAAUCUAGAAUCUUGGAUUCAGAUAUUAGAGGAUCUUCACCAGAUUCAGUUAGCUCAUGUAGACCACUGUCUCCAGAUUCACCAAUACCACAGUAUUCAGGAUUGUUCUGUGAGUUAAUGCCAGUAAGAGGACAUAGACCAUCCUCUCCUGAGUCUUUGGCUCCAGAUAUAGAUUAUGAUGAAGAUGAUGAAUAUGAGUUAAAUGCUGUUACUGAGACACUUUCUGGGGCAUCAUCACUGGAUUCCAUGAAAUCAGCAGAUGAGAAUAGACCAUUAUCACCCGACUCGCCAAUACAGCAGUUCAGACCAUUUUUUCCUGAAAGUAGUUUGCCCGUUUCUGGAUAUAGAUCAUGUUCACCUGAAUCAGUGUGUUCCAGUUCAGUAGAACAUGGAUCAUUUCCUGGAGACUUGUUUAUUAUUGGAGAAAGGUUAGUGUCACCUGAAUCGAUGAUUUUGGCAUCAGACAUUAGAGGAUCUUCACCAGAUUCAGUUAGAGCAUGUAGACCACUAUCUCCAGAUUCACCAAUACCACAGUAUUCAGGAUUGUUCUGUGAGUUAAUACCUGUAAGAGGACAUAGACCAUCCUCUCCUGAGUCUUUGGCUCCAGAUAUAGGUUAUGAUGAAGAUGAUGAAUAUGAGUUAAAUGCUGUUUCUGAGACAUUUUCUAGGACAUCAUCACCUGAUUCCAUGAAAUCAGCAGAUGAGAAUAGACCAUUAUCACCUGACUCGCCAAUACAGCAGUUCAGACCAUUUUUUCCUGAGAGUCAUUUGCCAGUUUCUGGAUAUAGAUCAUGUUCACCUGAAUCAGUGUGUUCCAGUUCAGUAGAACAUGGAUCAUUUCCUGGAGACUUGUUUAUUAUUGGAGAAAGGUUAGUGUCACCUGAAUCGAUGAUUUUGGCAUCAGACAUUAGAGGAUCUUCACCAGAUUCAGUUAGCGCAUGUAGACCACUAUCUCCAGAUUCACCAAUACCACAGUAUUCAGGAUUGUUCUGUGAGUUAAUACCUGUAAGAGGACAUAGACCAUCCUCUCCUGAGUCUUUGGCUCCAGAUAUAGGUUAUGAUGAAGAUGAUGAAUAUGAGUUAAAUGCUGUUUCUGAGACAUUUUCUAGGACAUCAUCACCUGAUUCCAUGAAAUCAGCAGAUGAGAAUAGUCCAUUAUCACCUGACUCUCCAAUACAGCAGUUCAGACCAUUUUUUCCUGAAAGUAGUUUGCCCAUUUCUGGAUAUAGAUCAUGUUCACCUGAAUCAGUGUGUUCCAGUUCAGUAGAACAUGGAUCAUUUCCUGGAGACUUGUUUAUUAUUGGAGAAAGGUUAGUGUCACCUGAAUCGAUGAUUUUGGCAUCAGACAAUAGAGGAUCUUCACCAGAUUCAGUUAGCGCAUGUAGACCACUAUCUCCAGAUUCACCAAUACCACAGUAUUCAGGAUUGUUCUGUGAGUUAAUACCUGUAAGAGGACAUAGACCAUCCUCUCCUGAGUCUUUGGCUCCAGAUAUAGGUUAUGAUGAAGAUGAUGAAUAUGAGUUAAAUGCUGUUACUGAGACACUCUCUAGGGCAUCAUCACUGGAUUCCAUGAAAUCAGCAGAUGAGAAUAGACCAUUAUCACCCGACUCACCAAUACAGCAGUUCAGACCAUUUUAUCCUGAAAGCAGUUUGCCCAUUUCUGGAUAUAGAUCAUGUUCACCUGAAUCAGUGUGUUCCAAUUCAAUAGAACAUGAAUCAUCUCCUGGAGACUUGUUCAUUGUUGAGCAAAGGCCAGGGUCACCUGAUUCAGUUCAGACAGAAUUUGAAGCUAGAGCCCUUAGUCCAGACUCCAUCCCAGAGUACAGACCUAUGUCACCUGAAUCUAUGAUCUUGGCAUCCGAUAUUAGAGGAUCUUCACCAGAUUCAUUUAGUGCAUGUAGCCCACUAUCUCCAGAUUCACCAAUACCACAGUAUUCAGGAUUGUUCUGUGAGUUAAUGCCAGUAAGACGACAUAGACCGUCCUUUCCUGAGUCUUUGGCUUCAGAUAAAAAUUAUGUUGAAGAUGAUGAUUAUGCGUUAAAUGCUGUUUCUGAGACACUUUCUAGGGCAUCAUCACCUGAUUCCUUGAAAUCAGCAGAUGAGAAUAGACCAUUAUCACCUGACUCGCCAAUACUGCAGUUCAGACCAUUUUUUCCUGAGAGUCAUUUGCCAGUUUCUGGAUAUAGAUCAUGUUCACCUGAAUCAGUGUGUUCCAGUUCAGCAGAACAUGGAUCAUUUCCUGGAGACUUGUUUAUUAUUGGAGAAAGGUUAGUGUCACCUGAAUCGAUGAUUUUGGCAUCAGACAUUAGAGGAUCUUCACCAGAUUCAGUUAGCGCAUGUAGAUCACUAUCUCCAGAUUCACCAAUACCACAGUAUUCAGGAUUGUUCUGUGAGUUAAUACCUGUAAGAGGACAUAGACCAUCCUCUCCUGAGUCUUUGGCUCCAGAUAUAGGUUAUGAUGAAGAUGAUGAAUAUGAGUUAAAUGCUGUUACUGAGACAUUUUCUAGGACAUCAUCACCUGAUUCCAUGAAAUCAGCAGAUGAGAAUAGUCCAUUAUCACCUGACUCUCCAAUACAGCAGUUCAGACCAUUUUUUCCUGAGAGUCAUUUGCCAGUUUCUGGAUAUAGAUCAUGUUCACCUGAAUCAGUGUGUUCCAGUUCAGUAGAACAUGGAUCAUUUCCUGGAGACUUGUUUAUUAUUGGAGAAAGGUUAGUGUCACCUGAAUCGAUGAUUUUGGCAUCAGACAUUAGAGGAUCUUCACCAGAUUCAGUUAGCGCAUGUAGACCACUAUCUCCAGAUUCACCAAUACCACAGUAUUCAGGAUUGUUCUGUGAGUUAAUACCUGUAAGAGGACAUAGACCAUCCUCUCCUGAGUCUUUGGCUCCAGAUAUAGGUUAUGAUGAAGAUGAUGAAUAUGAGUUAAAUGCUGUUACUGAGACACUUUCUAGGGCAUCAUCACUGGAUUCCAUGAAAUCAGCAGAUGAGAAUAGACCAUUAUCACCCGACUCGCCAAUACAGCAGUUCAGACCAUUUUAUCCUGAAAGCAGUUUGCCCAUUUCUGGAUAUAGAUCAUGUUCACCUGAAUCAGUGUGUUCCAAUUCAAUAGAACAUGAAUCAUCUCCUGGAGACUUGUUCAUUGUUGAGCAAAGGCCAGGGUCACCUGAUUCAGUUCAGACAGAAUUUGAAGCUAGAGCCCUUAGUCCAGACUCCAUCCCAGAGUACAGACCUAUGUCACCUGAAUCUAUGAUCUUGGCAUCCGAUAUUAGAGGAUCUUCACCAGAUUCAUUUAGUGCAUGUAGCCCACUAUCUCCAGAUUCACCAAUACCACAGUAUUCAGGAUUGUUCUGUGAGUUAAUGCCAGUAAGACGACAUAGACCGUCCUCUCCUGAGUCUUUGGCUUCAGAUAUAGGUUAUGAUGAAGAUGAUGAAUAUGAGUUAAAUGCUGUUACUGAGACAUUUUCUAGGACAUCAUCACCUGAUUCCAUGAAAUCAGCAGAUGAGAAUAGUCCAUUAUCACCUGACUCUCCAAUACAGCAGUUCAGACCAUUUUUUCCUGAGAGUCAUUUGCCAGUUUCUGGAUAUAGAUCAUGUUCACCUGAAUCAGUGUGUUCCAGUUCAGUAGAACAUGGAUCAUUUCCUGGAGACUUGUUUAUUAUUGGAGAAAGGUUAGUGUCACCUGAAUCGAUGAUUUUGGCAUCAGACAUUAGAGGAUCUUCACCAGAUUCAGUUAGCGCAUGUAGACCACUAUCUCCAGAUUCACCAAUACCACAGUAUUCAGGAUUGUUCUGUGAGUUAAUACCUGUAAGAGGACAUAGACCAUCCUCUCCUGAGUCUUUGGCUCCAGAUAUAGGUUAUGAUGAAGAUGAUGAAUAUGAGUUAAAUGCUGUUACUGAGACACUUUCUAGGGCAUCAUCACUGGAUUCCAUGAAAUCAGCAGAUGAGAAUAGACCAUUAUCACCCGACUCGCCAAUACAGCAGUUCAGACCAUUUUAUCCUGAAAGCAGUUUGCCCAUUUCUGGAUAUAGAUCAUGUUCACCUGAAUCAGUGUGUUCCAAUUCAAUAGAACAUGAAUCAUCUCCUGGAGACUUGUUCAUUGUUGAGCAAAGGCCAGGGUCACCUGAUUCAGUUCAGACAGAAUUUGAAGCUAGAGCCCUUAGUCCAGACUCCAUCCCAGAGUACAGACCUAUGUCACCUGAAUCUAUGAUCUUGGCAUCCGAUAUUAGAGGAUCUUCACCAGAUUCAUUUAGUGCAUGUAGCCCACUAUCUCCAGAUUCACCAAUACCACAGUAUUCAGGAUUGUUCUGUGAGUUAAUGCCAGUAAGACGACAUAGACCGUCCUCUCCUGAGUCUUUGGCUUCAGAUAAAAAUUAUGAUGAAGAUGAUGAUUAUGCAUUAAAUGCUGUUUCUGAGACACUUUCUAGGGCAUCAUCACCUGAUUCCUUGAAAUCAGCAGAUGAGAAUAGACCAUUAUCACCUGACUCGCCAAUACUGCAGUUCAGACCAUUUUUUCCUGAGAGUCAUUUGCCAGUUUCUGGAUAUAGAUCAUGUUCACCUGAAUCAGUGUGUUCCAGUUCAGCAGAACAUGGAUCAUUUCCUGGAGACUUGUUUAUUAUUGGAGAAAGGUUAGUGUCACCUGAAUCGAUGAUUUUGGCAUCAGACAUUAGAGGAUCUUCACCAGAUUCAGUUAGCGCAUGUAGAUCACUAUCUCCAGAUUCACCAAUACCACAGUAUUCAGGAUUGUUCUGUGAGUUAAUACCUGUAAGAGGACAUAGACCAUCCUCUCCUGAGUCUUUGGCUCCAGAUAUAGGUUAUGAUGAAGAUGAUGAAUAUGAGUUAAAUGCUGUUACUGAGACAUUUUCUAGGACAUCAUCACCUGAUUCCAUGAAAUCAGCAGAUGAGAAUAGUCCAUUAUCACCUGACUCUCCAAUACAGCAGUUCAGACCAUUUUUUCCUGAGAGUCAUUUGCCAGUUUCUGGAUAUAGAUCAUGUUCACCUGAAUCAGUGUGUUCCAGUUCAGUAGAACAUGGAUCAUUUCCUGGAGACUUGUUUAUUAUUGGAGAAAGGUUAGUGUCACCUGAAUCGAUGAUUUUGGCAUCAGACAUUAGAGGAUCUUCACCAGAUUCAGUUAGCGCAUGUAGACCACUAUCUCCAGAUUCACCAAUACCACAGUAUUCAGGAUUGUUCUGUGAGUUAAUACCUGUAAGAGGACAUAGACCAUCCUCUCCUGAGUCUUUGGCUCCAGAUAUAGGUUAUGAUGAAGAUGAUGAAUAUGAGUUAAAUGCUGUUACUGAGACACUUUCUAGGGCAUCAUCACUGGAUUCCAUGAAAUCAGCAGAUGAGAAUAGACCAUUAUCACCCGACUCGCCAAUACAGCAGUUCAGACCAUUUUAUCCUGAAAGCAGUUUGCCCAUUUCUGGAUAUAGAUCAUGUUCACCUGAAUCAGUGUGUUCCAAUUCAAUAGAACAUGAAUCAUCUCCUGGAGACUUGUUCAUUGUUGAGCAAAGGCCAGGGUCACCUGAUUCAGUUCAGACAGAAUUUGAAGCUAGAGCCCUUAGUCCAGACUCCAUCCCAGAGUACAGACCUAUGUCACCUGAAUCUAUGAUCUUGGCAUCCGAUAUUAGAGGAUCUUCACCAGAUUCAUUUAGUGCAUGUAGCCCACUAUCUCCAGAUUCACCAAUACCACAGUAUUCAGGAUUGUUCUGUGAGUUAAUGCCAGUAAGACGACAUAGACCGUCCUCUCCUGAGUCUUUGGCUUCAGAUAAAAAUUAUGAUGAAGAUGAUGAUUAUGCAUUAAAUGCUGUUUCUGAGACACUUUCUAGGGCAUCAUCACCUGAUUCCUUGAAAUCAGCAGAUGAGAAUAGACCAUUAUCACCUGACUCGCCAAUACUGCAGUUCAGACCAUUUUUUCCUGAGAGUCAUUUGCCAGUUUCUGGAUAUAGAUCAUGUUCACCUGAAUCAGUGUGUUCCAGUUCAGCAGAACAUGGAUCAUUUCCUGGAGACUUGUUUAUUAUUGGAGAAAGGUUAGUGUCACCUGAAUCGAUGAUUUUGGCAUCAGACAUUAGAGGAUCUUCACCAGAUUCAGUUAGCGCAUGUAGAUCACUAUCUCCAGAUUCACCAAUACCACAGUAUUCAGGAUUGUUCUGUGAGUUAAUACCUGUAAGAGGACAUAGACCAUCCUCUCCUGAGUCUUUGGCUCCAGAUAUAGGUUAUGAUGAAGAUGAUGAAUAUGAGUUAAAUGCUGUUACUGAGACAUUUUCUAGGACAUCAUCACCUGAUUCCAUGAAAUCAGCAGAUGAGAAUUGUCCAUUAUCACCUGACUCUCCAAUACAGCAGUUCAGACCAUUUUUUCCUGAGAGUCAUUUGCCAGUUUCUGGAUAUAGAUCAUGUUCACCUGAAUCAGUGUGUUCCAGUUCAGUAGAACAUGGAUCAUUUCCUGGAGACUUGUUUAUUAUUGGAGAAAGGUUAGUGUCACCUGAAUCGAUGAUUUUGGCAUCAGACAUUAGAGGAUCUUCACCAGAUUCAGUUAGCGCAUGUAGACCACUAUCUCCAGAUUCACCAAUACCACAGUAUUCAGGAUUGUUCUGUGAGUUAAUACCUGUAAGAGGACAUAGACCAUCCUCUCCUGAGUCUUUGGCUCCAGAUAUAGGUUAUGAUGAAGAUGAUGAAUAUGAGUUAAAUGCUGUUACUGAGACACUUUCUAGGGCAUCAUCACUGGAUUCCAUGAAAUCAGCAGAUGAGAAUAGACCAUUAUCACCCGACUCGCCAAUACAGCAGUUCAGACCAUUUUAUCCUGAAAGCAGUUUGCCCAUUUCUGGAUAUAGAUCAUGUUCACCUGAAUCAGUGUGUUCCAAUUCAAUAGAACAUGAAUCAUCUCCUGGAGACUUGUUCAUUGUUGAGCAAAGGCCAGGGUCACCUGAUUCAGUUCAGACAGAAUUUGAAGCUAGAGCCCUUAGUCCAGACUCCAUCCCAGAGUAUAGACCUAUGUCACCUGAAUCUAUGAUCUUGGCAUCCGAUAUUACAGGAUCUUCACCAGAUUCAUUUAGUGCAUUUAGCCCACUAUCUCCAGAUUCACCAAUACCACAGUAUUCAGGAUUGUUCUGUGAGUUAAUGCCAGUAAGACGACAUAGACCGUCCUCUCCUGAGUCUUUGGCUUCAGAUAAAAAUUAUGAUGAAGAUGAUGAUUAUGCGUUAAAUGCUGUUUCUGAGACACUUUCUAGGGCAUCAUCACCUGAUUCCUUGAAAUCAGCAGAUGAGAAUAGACCAUUAUCACCUGACUCGCCAACACUGCAGUUCAGACCAUUUUUUCCUGAGAGUCAUUUGCCAGUUUCUGGAUAUAGAUCAUGUUCACCUGAAUCAGUGUGUUCCAGUUCAGUAGAACAUGGAUCAUUUCCUGGAGACUUGUUUAUUAUUGGAGAAAGGUUAGUGUCACCUGAAUCGAUGAUUUUGGCAUCAGACAUUAGAGGAUCUUCACCAGAUUCAGUUAGCGCAUGUAGACCACUAUCUCCAGAUUCACCAAUACCACAGUAUUCAGGAUUGUUCUGUGAGUUAAUACCUGUAAGAGGACAUAGACCAUCCUCUCCUGAGUCUUUGGCUCCAGUUAUAGGUUAUGAUGAAGAUGAUGAAUAUGAGUUAAAUGCUGUUACUGAGACACUUUCUAGGGCAUCAUCACUGGAUUCCAUGAAAUCAGCAGAUGAGAAUAGACCAUUAUCACCCGACUCGCCAAUACAGCAGUUCAGACCAUUUUAUCCUGAAAGCAGUUUGCCCAUUUCUGGAUAUAGAUCAUGUUCACCUGAAUCAGUGUAUUCCAAUUCAAUAGAACAUGAAUCAUCUCCUGGAGACUUGUUCAUUGUUGAGCAAAGGCCAGGGUCACCUGAUUCAGUUCAGACAGAAUUUGAAGCUAGAGCCCUUAGUCCAGACUCCAUCCCAGAGUAUAGACCUAUGUCACCUGAAUCUAUGAUCUUGGCAUCCGAUAUUAGAGGAUCUUCACCAGAUUCAUUUAGUGCAUGUAGCCCACUAUCUCCAGAUUCACCAAUACCACAGUAUUCAGGAUUGUUCUGUGAGUUAAUGCCAGUAAGACGACAUAGACCAUCCUCUCCUGAGUCUUUGGCUCCAGAUAUAGGUUAUGAUGAAGAUGAUGAAUAUGAGUUAAAUGCUGUUACUGAGACAUUUUCUAGGACAUCAUCACCUGAUUCCAUGAAAUCAGCAGAUGAGAAUAGUCCAUUAUCACCUGACUCUCCAAUACAGCAGUUCAGACCAUUUUUUCCUGAGAGUCAUUUGCCAGUUUCUGGAUAUAGAUCAUGUUCACCUGAAUCAGUGUGUUCCAGUUCAGUAGAACAUGGAUCAUUUCCUGGAGACUUGUUUAUUAUUGGAGAAAGGUUAGUGUCACCUGAAUCGAUGAUUUUGGCAUCAGACAUUAGAGGAUCUUCACCAGAUUCAGUUAGCGCAUGUAGACCACUAUCUCCAGAUUCACCAAUACCACAGUAUUCAGGAUUGUUCUGUGAGUUAAUUCCUGUAAGAGGACAUAGACCAUCCUCUCCUGAGUCUUUGGCUCCAGAUAUAGGUUAUGAUGAAGAUGAUGAAUAUGAGUUAAAUGCUGUUACUGAGACACUUUCUAGGGCAUCAUCACUGGAUUCCAUGAAAUCAGCAGAUGAGAAUAGACCAUUAUCACCCGACUCGCCAAUACAGCAGUUCAGACCAUUUUAUCCUGAAAGCAGUUUGCCCAUUUCUGGAUAUAGAUCAUGUUCACCUGAAUCAGUGUGUUCCAAUUCAAUAGAACAUGAAUCAUCUCCUGGAGACUUGUUCAUUGUUGAGCAAAGGCCAGGGUCACCUGAUUCAGUUCAGACAGAAUUUGAAGCUAGAGCCCUUAGUCCAGACUCCAUCCCAGAGUACAGACCUAUGUCACCUGAAUCUAUGAUCUUGGCAUCCGAUAUUAGAGGAUCUUCACCAGAUUCAUUUAGUGCAUGUAGCCCACUAUCUCCAGAUUCACCAAUACCACAGUAUUCAGGAUUGUUCUGUGAGUUAAUGCCAGUAAGACGACAUAGACCGUCCUCUCCUGAGUCUUUGGCUUCAGAUAAAAAUUAUGAUGAAGAUGAUGAUUAUGCAUUAAAUGCUGUUUCUGAGACACUUUCUAGGGCAUCAUCACCUGAUUCCUUGAAAUCAGCAGAUGAGAAUAGACCAUUAUCACCUGACUCGCCAAUACUGCAGUUCAGACCAUUUUUUCCUGAGAGUCAUUUGCCAGUUUCUGGAUAUAGAUCAUGUUCACCUGAAUCAGUGUGUUCCAGUUCAGCAGAACAUGGAUCAUUUCCUGGAGACUUGUUUAUUAUUGGAGAAAGGUUAGUGUCACCUGAAUCGAUGAUUUUGGCAUCAGACAUUAGAGGAUCUUCACCAGAUUCAGUUAGCGCAUGUAGAUCACUAUCUCCAGAUUCACCAAUACCACAGUAUUCAGGAUUGUUCUGUGAGUUAAUACCUGUAAGAGGACAUAGACCAUCCUCUCCUGAGUCUUUGGCUCCAGAUAUAGGUUAUGAUGAAGAUGAUGAAUAUGAGUUAAAUGCUGUUACUGAGACAUUUUCUAGGACAUCAUCACCUGAUUCCAUGAAAUCAGCAGAUGAGAAUAGUCCAUUAUCACCUGACUCUCCAAUACAGCAGUUCAGACCAUUUUUUCCUGAGAGUCAUUUGCCAGUUUCUGGAUAUAGAUCAUGUUCACCUGAAUCAGUGUGUUCCAGUUCAGUAGAACAUGGAUCAUUUCCUGGAGACUUGUUUAUUAUUGGAGAAAGGUUAGUGUCACCUGAAUCGAUGAUUUUGGCAUCAGACAUUAGAGGAUCUUCACCAGAUUCAGUUAGCGCAUGUAGACCACUAUCUCCAGAUUCACCAAUACCACAGUAUUCAGGAUUGUUCUGUGAGUUAAUACCUGUAAGAGGACAUAGACCAUCCUCUCCUGAGUCUUUGGCUCCAGAUAUAGGUUAUGAUGAAGAUGAUGAAUAUGACUUAAAUGCUGUUACUGAGACACUUUCUAGGGCAUCAUCACUGGAUUCCAUGAAAUCAGCAGAUGAGAAUAGACCAUUAUCACCCGACUCGCCAGUACAGCAGUUCAGACCAUUUUAUCCUGAAAGCAGUUUGCCCAUUUCUGGAUAUAGAUCAUGUUCACCUGAACCAGUGUGUUCCAAUUCAAUAGAACAUGAAUCAUCUCCUGGAGACUUGUUCAUUGUUGAGCAAAGGCCAGGGUCACCUGAUUCAGUUCAGACAGAAUUUGAAGCUAGAGCCCUUAGUCCAGACUCCAUCCCAGAGUAUAGACCUAUGUCACCUGAAUCUAUGAUCUUGGCAUCCGAUAUUACAGGAUCUUCACCAGAUUCAUUUAGUGCAUUUAGCCCACUAUCUCCAGAUUCACCAAUACCACAGUAUUCAGGAUUGUUCUGUGAGUUAAUGCCAGUAAGACGACAUAGACCAUCCUCUCCUGAGUCUUUGGCUUCAGAUAAAAAUUAUGAUGAAGAUGAUGAUUAUGCGUUAAAUGCUGUUUCUGAGACACUUUCUAGGGCAUCAUCACCUGAUUCCAUGAAAUCAGCAGAUGAGAAUAGUCCAUUAUCACCUGACUCGCCAACACUGCAGUUCAGACCAUUUUUUCUUGAGAGUCAUUUGCCAGUUUCUGGAUAUAGAUCAUGUUCACCUGAAUCAGUGUGUUCCAGUUCAGUAGAACAUGGAUCAUUUCCUGGAGACUUGUUCAUUGUUAGUGAAAGGCCAGAGUCACCUGACUCAGUUCAAUCAGAAUUUGAAGCUAGAUCUCUGAGCCCUGACUCCCUCCCAGAGUACAGGCCUAUGUCACCUGAAUCUAUGAUCUUGGCAUCAGACAUAAGAGGAUCUUCCCCAGAUUCAGUUAGCACAUGUAGGCCACUGUCUCCAGAUUCACCAAUACCACAGUACUCAACAAUGUUGGUUGAUUUAGUGUCAGUAACAGGACAUAGAUCUUCCUCUCCUGAAUCUCUGCCUUCAGAUGAAGAUUAUGAGUUUAAUGUUUUCAGUGCUUCACCUUCUAAUUAUAGACCUUAUAGACCAGAUUCACCUGAUUCAGUAAUAUCAGCAAAUGAAAAUAGACCACCAUUACCUGACUCACCUAUUCCAGAAUUUCAGACAUCAGUAUCUUCAGAAACUAUUGAAUGUAAAGGUUUUGAAGGAGAUAUAUUUACCGCUGAACAAAGAAGAGAGUCAUUUGAUUCAUCUGGACCUAUGUCAUAUCCUCAAUUUCAAGAGACUAUCAAAAUGCUGCCUGAAUACAAACUUGUAUACAAAACGAUUCCUUUGAACCUUAUAGCUCACAUACACGACCCGCAUUACAAGGGUGAAAUGUUCAGUCCCAAAACAGGUGUGUUUGAGUAUACUGGCUGUAGAAUGGAAAUUGUUCAGACUAGCAAAAUGGAUGAGUCUAAUGGCAUCAUUGACCAAGACACUUAUAAAAUACCAGCUCUUACUCAUGAGCCUUCACAAAUCUUAAUGCAAACCCACAAGAUUCUGACUAUACCUCUUUCUGAAAAUCAAACAGCAUUCUCAGCUUUAUCCUUAACACAGUCAAGGAAAUAUAAUAGGGAAUCUUUUGAAUUUCCUGAAGAAAACUCUGCUGAUUCUAUAUCAUGGUAUAUAUCUGAGGGGCGUGAAUAUCUGGAACUUUCAGAUGACUGCAGAGCUUCAUCACCAGAAUCUAUUAGAUCUGUAAAUGAAUUUAGACCUCUCACUCCUGAUUCACCCAUACCUGAGCAUAUGACUUUAUUACCUUAUACAAUGCUUUUUCAGUAUGAAAGUCGACCCCCUUCCCCAGAGUCUGUGUCUUCUGUAAAUGAAUUUCGAAGACUUUCCCCAGACUCUCCUAUACCUGAAUUCUUAGCCUCUUCUCCAGUUCCAUAUGAACAUAAUGUUCAAUUUAGGCAAUUGUCAGAGACAAAUUUAAUACAUAUAUCACCAGUAAUGUGUGAUUUACAAGAAUUUGAUGUAACUUGGACGUCUUCAGAAUAUGGAUCACUUUGGAGACCGGAGACUGAACAAAGGCCAGUAUCACCUGGUUAUGAAUUGUCAGAAUGCGAUUCAAAAUCAUUGUCAUCUCCCACUUUUUCCUUUGAGUCUACAUGCAGAUGUCCAUCUCCUGAAGCACUCAGAGAAAUAGAACCCACUGUAUCUCUUAUAGCUGACUCUCUGAUAUUUGAUGCAGAUUGCCGCCCAGAAUCCCCUGAGUCAGUAACAUCUCAAACACAGUGCAAAGACUCCAUGCCAGACAACAAAUCUCACUGGGAAAGUGAUGUUGCAUUGCUGCCUGUUAUGAUAAAUGAACAGUAUAGGCCAGAAACUGAGAUGAUUUCUGAAUCAGACCUGGCAAAAUCAGCACAGAGCCAGGGGAAUUUCAAUUAUGUAUUAAAUAGUUGUAGUAGAACACUGCCCUGCUGGCAUGAAUUUGUCUUGGAACCAGAACAAGAGGAAAAGAUUAGCGAAACCAGAGAGGCACCCCCUCCAGUGAUGAACAAAGUAAAGAAAAUGUCUGCAGGUGAUGGAGAUGGCAGAAGUAUUUUAAGCAUCCAAGGAGAUCAUCAGGGAAUUAAGAUAGUUAAACAGGAAUUGGAGCUUCAGCACAAGCAUUGUCCCGAAGAAAGAUCUGACAGCCCCACCUCCGAAAAAGGCCAGCCGGAAUUAAAAACAAGGGCUCUGCAGGAUAAAGAUUCAGAAAAGGACAUUCAGUUGAAAAAACAGAAUAUAGAAAUAAAAAAUAAAAAUACCAGUGUCAGUGAGGAAGACUCCUCACAAUUCCAAAACCAAGGUGACAUUGUGACCAUUUUAGAACAAAAAGCAAAUGUGUCUUCUUUGACCAGUGAAGGUAACAUACAACAAGGUAUAUGUCACCCAAAGUCACUACACUAUAUACCUGAGGGAAGAACAGUUGUUAGUAAUGAUCUGGAAAAUGUACGUCCCAUGAUAUCACUCAAUCAGUCACUUGAGCAUCCAAAGGAAACAUCUGGAUUAUGUCGAAUAUGUACAACUCCUUUCCACUUCAAUCACCAACAAUCUCACAGGACAGUAACUCCUAAUGUAUCCAUUUCAGGUUAUCCUUCCUCUGACUGCAGAGAUGUGAUGUCAAGAUCUGUGAGAACACCAUUUUUAGGCAGUAGAAUGUUACCCACUGAUCUGGGUUCUGUGACACCUGUGUCUAGUGAAUUGUGUUCUAACCAAGAGCUAUCUACUAAUUCACAGUUCUCCAUUGAGAAAGAGUGUUUUGAGAGUUUUCAUCAUGUAAUUUCUGAAUUUGAGAAAACAGUCUCUCCACUUAGUACUGAUGACCCAAAGUUAGUGUCCAGUGAAAUAUGGUCCAUGGAAACUGCUUUGGCUCCUACUUCAUCUGAGAUAUCUCAAUCUAAAAAUGAGAGGUUGAUGGAUGUUGAUCUGAAAUCCAAGCCAAGGCCUGUCCAAGCUGAUAGUUUAGACUCAGAUACUGAGUUCUUUGAUUGUCAACAAACCUUUUCAGAUGCAUCUGAACCAGAGCUGAAAUCAGAAGAACUCUUUGAUUCUGAGACUGUUUACCAUGUUGAAGAAUCCCUAUCUUUACCAAACACUCCAGCCUAUGACUAUUUGUCAGCCACGCCCAAAAUAACAGAAAAGUCAGAAUUAGACAGUGAAGAUAGCCCAAGGCCAGUAUCCUGGGGAAGUGAGGAAAUUGAUUUGCCCAUUGUUCUUGAACCAGAGGAUGAAUCUGAAUCUGUAGGUGAGCAUGAUGAAGACAUAGCAUAUCCUUAUGGGUAUGCAGGUGAGCACUCCUAUGCUGAAGAGCUACCUCCAAGGCAGGGAGGCCAAUAUGAUGAAGACGAUGAUUCUCUAGGAAGGGAAAUAGCAGAGGAGCUAGGCUUGCUGUCGGAUAGUUCAGAGGAAGAGGUGUUGACCACCCGAGUGGUACGGCGCAGAGUUAUAAUCCAGGGAGAUGAUUUUCCAGAAAUUUCCCCUCACACAGUGACAGAGGAGCAAUACACAGAUGAGCAUGGAAACAUAGUCACCAAAAAGAUCACAAGGAAAAUCAUCCGUAAGUAUGUGUCUGCAGACGGAGUAGAGCGUGAAGAAGUGAUGGUGGAGGGAGCUCAGCAAGAAGCUAUCACUGUAGAUGAUGCUGAUGGAUUUUCCAAAGUGGUGAAAAGAACAGUAGUAAGGAGUGCUGGAGACCAGACCGAGGCUUUGAGUUAUGCAGGGGGCUUUGACAAUGUGCUCCUGCCUCAUUUAAUGGAGAAAGAGAUCAUGAAGGAGGAUGGAUCUAUGAUCAGAAGGACCCGCAUGCAUAAGACAUGCACACAGAAGAAGACUGUAGUGAGGGACGGCCAGAGCAAACACAUCCACCUGGAGCGAAUGGAGGACACACCGGAGUCCCUAAAACCUGACGACCUGCAGCAGCACCUACACCAACUGCUCCAACGCUACUGCACACCGGAAGUGGAGGAGGAGAAGGAGGAGGAGGCAGAGGAGUUGGUGGAGAGAGAGGAAAAGCAGGACACAGAUGACUGAUUUUCUAUUACCUUUUCAUUUAUUUGCGCUCCCAAAAACCCUGACAGAAUAGAUCAGAUUGUGACCCAUAUCCUCGUCACUUUGUCUCUCACUAUCACCAUGACAGCGACUUCCCAUGUUCCCGACCCAUUUCUUUUUGUGUUUAUUAAUGUUAAUUUUUUUUCCUCCAUUGCAAAAAAGGAAAGAUUUGUGUGCUAGAAUGUUUUUUGUUGAUGUGAAGUUUUCCUAUUUUUAUUACUUUGUGACCAAAGAUAGCUUUACCUUAUUUUAAAUGAACAUUUUGGCUAUAAAAGAAUCCUAAAUAUAUGGGGGGGGGGCAACUAAACAUCGUCCUGGACAUGUCCCUCUUUCACAAUAACUUUAAUAGCUGAAAUAACGAGAUGUGUAAAUAUUAGAAUGGAAAUGGAACAAUAACCCAACAUGCACUGCACCGUCUACAUACAUGCCGUAAACCUGCACCAGUGCAAUACUGCGGUUAAAGGUGUUAAGAUUCAUUAGCUCAAAUUCUGUCCACAGGCUUUGGAUAACUGACUUUUUACUGUCUGUUACUGGGGCAUGUUUACUGUUCACCACAAAUGCAGGAUCACAUUUGGACAGUAUUGCGAUCAUGUUAAAAAAACAACAAAAAAAAAACAAAACAAAAUAGAACGAAUGUCAUUGUGUAGUUCAUCACGAUACCCAGAAUGAGCUUGAGUAAUUUGUAUGCAGUAUAAAUGUAAAUUCAGAAAAAAAAGCUACAUGCCAGCUUUUAAUGUGCUUUUUGGGAGUCAUAUUGAAUGAACGCUUAGCACAUUGUUCCUUACUCCUGCUCAUUUUCUGUUGGUCCUUCACAUAUUGUUAUAAAAGGUGACAACAGCUUUGCACAGUGGAUUCAGUCUGCCCUAUUUACUCUGUGUGUGUGUGUGUGUGUGUGUGUGUGUGUGUGUGUGUGUGUGUGUGUGUUUCUUCACUAUGUUAAUCUCCAGUCACAACACUGCUACUCCUCGUCUGCACGUAAGAAAGUAGCAAUCAUUAAAGGUAACUUUAUCUGACGAUUCUGUUGCUCCCUCUAAUUUUUCAACAUGUUCACUAAGAUUUAAAGGAUAGCCGUUAUUAAGGUUAUUAAUGAUAUUAAUGAAUGAUCAUGAUCAAAACUCUCUUAAAAAUCCUAAUGUGUUUGUGGAUUGAUCUCAUUCCCUUCCGUACUAGUUGCCCAAGAGCAAAUUUAAUAUUGAGUUUCACAGCAUUGUGAUCAGAACAGCAGAUUAAGGAAGGCUAAAUUUCCGUUUUUUUUUCUUCCUUUUUUCAUUUGUUAUGUUGCAAGUGGUGUAAAAUAAAAGAAAUCGAUCAUCUAAAAAUUCUUUAGUAUUUCACUGUGGCUCCAACACUAGAUUUAUUCUCCUGUAAUAAAUAAUAACUAAGGGUGGUGUAAAUAAUAAUUGGUCAAGCUAAAAAAAACAAACAAACAAACAUAUAGAAUGAAAGGGGAAAUUUCAAAUGAAGUAAAAUACAUUAAAUUUUACUAAUGCUGUGAAAAAUACUAUGGACUUCAGGAACAGAACACAUGAACUAACACAAACUGAAAUAUUUUCCCUUAAAUUAAACAGGUAAAACAUUAAUUGAAAACUAGUUUAUUUUUGUUUUUUGUAUUUCUUAAGUGCCUCCCAUAAGCUUCCAUGUGGCAUAAAGUAACUAACUGUAAGUGCAGCAAAUUUUCCAUACAAGACCAAAAACAGAAGAAAAACCCCAACAACAACAACAAAAAAGAACAUUGUACUGUAAGUUGUAAUGAAGAUAAACUGAUCUGCUUUUAGAUAAACUCUGUAAACUAAAACAAACCCUAAAUAACACCGCCUCCUCUCUACCUGUAGGUUGUAGUCAACUGAAUCUGCUUAAAGCCAUGACAAUAUCCUUCUCACUAACUAUAGCUUCAAACUACGAUAGUUACAGCUAACUAUCACCAAUUCUUAAUACUUUGAAAUAUCCAUUAAUAAAAAUCACCCCCCCAAAAAAUCCUUAAGGACUUAAAACUAUUAAAACUACAUAUACACAGUGGUUUUAAAAACACUGAAAUGUGAUGAAAAAGUAAGGGGGAAAAUCCUUUAUAGUUAGAAACUUUUAUGGUUUCAUAUUUCCAAUUCUCUUGCCUCACAUACUGUAUCAGGAUCAUAGCUAUUCUACUCACUGCAAAGGUUUUAAUAUCACUGAUAAAUAGAUGGCUAAGGCGGGACUGUAAGAACUGUAAACUACAAUCUCUUGCCUUUGGGUUGUGGUGAGUCUUUAUCCUUUAAUAUACCUGUUUAUGCCUAUAAAAAAUGGUUUUAGUGAAUGCAGUGGUAGCAGUUAUAUUAUCUUAUCAUGUUUUGUGAAUCUGUUAAAUUUGAUCUAGUUACAGUGAUGACAGUAACAAAUGUUGGCUCUGAUGGCCACAAAGGUACAACUUAUCUCAACUAAGAAGGCAUGAGUAACAAAUAAUACCAACUGAAUUUUUUUUCUGUUUGUUUACUCAACUUCUUAACUCCCGCAUUUUUUAUUUCAUUGCCCAUAGAGAAUGUGUACAAGUGUGUAUGUGAACCUUUCAGUGGUCUUCAUGAGUAGCAAGUUAUCUUUUUAUAAUGGACAUUUAGCAUGUGUACUAUAAAGCCAUUCUUGAAAUUUAUUUCAAGCUUCAAAUGGAAAUCCUGUGUAAUUUAUCUGGGAGAUCUGGAGGGGUGCAGCCAGACUCUGAGUAUAUCUGAUUAAUAAUUAACGCAGCGCAGGACAUUCACUGUUUGAAAUCAACGGCUGUUUCACGAAUAAGCAUCUUGUUUCUAGGCUGAUGAACAUCUAUAAAGGCAUGUGUUCAUGACUAAUAAACAAAAACAGCAGCUGCAGUGUGUAAAUGAUGGAUAAUAAAUGAUAUCAUGUAGAUCACGUGCUGGUGCCUGGGGCUUUUUUAUUUAACAUGGGACACUUUCUUUGUAAAAAGUUUUUACAAAAAAACAAAGGAGGAAAAAACCCCAACCUUUUUUAUGUACAGAAACCACAAAAUGGCUAAUAGUUUUCCAUUGAAUUUAACUUUUAACCCAAUUUAAGAUUAACAACAACAACAACAACAACAACAAAAAAUAGGCAGAAAUGUUUUAUUCAUGCAUUGGGUUGGUAAUAUGUUUUUCUGUGCACAGUAAUAUGUUGUUCUCUGUAUCCACAUAUACAAACUAUUUAAAUUCCUUAAUUUUCUUAAUCUUAAAACGAACAUGUAUUAACUGACGAAAAAAAAGAGGAUGUUUUCACAGUUUAUUUAUUUGCUUUAUCGUGUCCUUUUUAACUGCUCGAGUAUUUGUACUUCUGUUUAGUGUACAGGUUUGUGGGAUUGGUGAUUUUCAUCUAGUUACAGCAAUAAAAAGUACAAAGGGAACUGGACUAGAAUAAAAAAAAGUAACAAAAAUAACAAAAAAUGUAAAAUACAAAGCAAACAAAAUGGAACUAGAUAACAACUGAUAAUCUUUAAGUCUCAAACCGCUGAUAGCAUUUCAGACACUGAAUCUAAAUUAAACAAUCAUUAAUAAUCAGACUGAUUAAUAAUCAGUCCCAAAUUCAGGUUUCCUCCCAAUGCUUUCCACAAACUGAUGUUAUGAAGCAUUACAGUCGAUCUUAAACAAAGUUUGAGUAAAGAAAGGCAAGCUUUAUUUAAAUCAAAUAUCAACUGUGCUCCAAAUAAAUCAUCUUUUAUAUUAAUCUGUCAAAUGUUUCCCAUUUCAAAUUUUCCUAUUUUGCUUUUUUUUUUUUUUUGCAUUGAUAAUCGUAAUAGUUUUUGCAAAUAUAAAUCAUUUUCGAACUGCACUAACUACUCAUCUCUUUUUCAGUUUAAAUGGACAGUAUGGAAUACAAAGCAUAAACCAUUUAUUCUACUUCACCCUUGAGAAGGGAACCAUCACAAGAUCAUAAACAUGAAGUACAUAAAAGUACAUAAAAGUUGAUAAAAGAUGUUUCAUGCAAUAUGUGAUAACAGCUAAUGCUAAUUAAUUAAGGAAGGUGUGAAAAAUAGAGAAAACUCGUUUUUUUUCUUUCCAAAGAAUACCCCCAUCAAAUGUUAGUAAACAAUAUAAAAAUGAAAACAGAAGCAUAAAACUCUCACAACAACUGAAUAAAAUAAAAUAGUUUGGUUUACCAGUUAUUCGUGUUGAUUGAUAAAGUACAUUCUUUAAUUGAAAUUUUUACACUUUUUCUACUGCGUUCAUGUGAUGCCGUGGAAAACAUCAGAAUAAAAUAGGCUAAACUGUAGGCUAAAUGUGCUUCCUUUGUCAGUUUUACACAUUAGUGUUGCUAAACCCAUUAGGCCAUAGCAACCUAAAACCGAACAAAGCUCGCAGAACUAAGAUCACGGUCAACUGUCAAUUCUCUAAAAGAUAAAGCAGGAAUAGCACUUCACACAACUUCACAAAAACUUCACCAAAAAAACAAAAGCAAGCCCAUUUGUCAGAUUCAUAAUGAAUUUUUUUCAGCUGUAUUGCACUUAAAAUAGAAAAGCACUGAAACAAGACUGAAGUGGCUUUGAUUUGCUGCUAAUCAUAUCCUCAAGAUCAGUGACGGAUAUUGUGCCUAGAUUACUAAUCACUCUAAUAUGAACAUGUCACACGUGCGCCCAGUUUCGUCUAUGUACUGUUUGACUUUGUAUCUGACUGUGUACAGAGAUCAAACAUUUCUUUUCCUGAUGUACCCACACACCCAAAGAUAUAUCAGCAAGUGUGACACCCUACUUUCACACCAUAGAAAAUAGAACAUUAAAUUAUAAAAAGGGGAAAAAAAAAUUAUGUAUACAUAAGUCUUUAACAUCAAUGGUUUAUGAGGAGAGCGUGCAAGUCGCACGCAUACACACGUCCUAAUACAAAAUGAUAUGAAUUCCCCACCUGUGUGUAGGCUAAAGUCCAGCAGUGACGAUAUGUAAACAAGACUGACAGGGUGGAGAUGUUGUAAAGGUGGGG